ACGACAGGGUAGUGCUGAGAAAAAGCGCUGAACAUCGCUUGCUGAAGGCUGACAGGCUCACUACUCCAGAUUCUGCCAUGAACUCCCAGGGCCCCCUUCAUCUGCAUACCCCCUUGCGGGAGAGCUUGCCCCUAUCAAGAGUGGUCGGGACGUCUGUCUACCUGAAGAUGGACUCUGCCCAGCCCACUGGGUCCUUUAAGAUCCGUGGAAUCGGACAUCUCUGCAAGACGUGGGUGCAGAAGGGCUGUGAGAGAUUUGUCUGUUGUUCAGGAGGGAAUGCUGGUAUGGCUGCUGCAUACUCUGCCCGACGUUUGAGGGUGCCCGCCACCAUUGUGGUGCCCAUCGUUACACCCCAUUUCACUGUGCAAAAGCUGAAGAAUGAAGGUGCUACAGUACUGGUUCAUGGCAAGGUGCUCAAGGACAGCAUCGAGUACGGCCAGCAGCUGGUGGCCAACAACCCUGGCUGGGUUUUCAUUUCCCCGUAUGAUGACCCCCUCAUCUGGGAGGGCCACACAUCACUGGUACAGGAGCUGCAAGCAGAGCUGGAAGUGAAGCCUGGGGCAAUAGUGCUGUCCGUGGGUGGUGGGGGCCUCCUUUGUGGGGUGGUGGAGGGGCUGCGGCGUGCCAACUGGGGGGAUGUUCCCAUCAUCGCCAUGGAGACGAUUGGUGCUGACAGCCUGAAUGCUGCCCUCAGAGCAGGAGAACUUGUCACACUGUCUGAAAUAACAAGUGUCGCCACAACGCUGGGCUUGAACCAAGUGGCGGCGCAGGCACUCCAAGUGGCCCAGGAGCACACAGUUCUCUCAGAGCUUGUUACAGACCAGGAGGCUGUCAGGGCGGUUGAGCUGUUCGCAGAUGAUGAAAAAAUCCUGGUGGAGCCAGCAUGUGGUGCUGCCCUGGCAGCCAUUUACUGCAACAUCAUCAACAGACUGCAGAAGGAAGGCAGGUUGGCGCAGGAGCUGGGGCCUGUGGUGGUGGUGGUGUGCGGCGGCAACAACAUCACCUUGGGCCAACUGCAGGUGCUGAAAAAGCGGCUCAACCUGUGUUAGUUGACAGAAGAGCAACACACGCCUGUACCCUUACUGUCACAGGCCAAUGGUCUGAACAUGCUGCAGGCAGGAUGCUGCUGUCAAGGGCCACUGAACUGAUGAUAAUCAUAUCAUUCCAGGAUGUGUGAAAGUGACUGGAACUCUCCAGAAAACAAAAUGAGAGCAGGACUGAGGUCUACAGUUAAUAAAACUGCUGUCAGGCCCGUUUUCAAAUGAUAGACAUUUUAAAAUGUGAAAUUUUUUAAACAUGUCAAGGUGUAUCAGUAUCAUCUUAUUAAUCAUUUUGUAUAUCAUAUUUCCCUGAACGAAGCAAAAUAACCCUGUUCAGUGUUGUACAGAUUAUUCCAUUACUAUAUAAUAGUGGAACCCUAUGAUAUCUAUGACCACCAUAGUGCUUCUCUGAACUAGUCACUUUCAAAUCGUCACCAGGGCCAGAUGAACAAAGAAUUGUAGAGUUGAAGAGAAAACUGAGUGGCAAAGGUGAGACACAGAGACACCUUGCUUUGCAGGUCAUUUUCCAUUGGGGCUCACUUUGAGGCACAAAGGUGAUUAUGCACUUUUUGCCCAUGCCUCUCUGUUUUUGGACUUUUGGGCCUCAAAUAGCACUUAACAUAAUGCAGUUUGUUUCUAAGUAAGAAUAGGAAACUCACAGGAAAUUACACUACAAACUUUAUAAUGAUGAUUUGAAUUGCUUCAGUAAAUAACCUAAAAUGUAUCUGCCCAUGCUUGGCACCUAAUACUGAUGCUCGCUAAGAGUGGGUCUACUAGGACAGUUAAUAUUUUAAUUUCUUGUAGAUGCAUGUACUGUACUAGUAUAAUGCUUCAAAUUAAGAUCUGUAAAUAAGAUGCAGUUUAAUAAAAAAAAAUAUACUAU